AUGCUUGACGACAACAAUCUUUUUCAACGUGCGGCCUCAUCCGCCUAUGCUUCCAUGGCUGCAUUUACCGCUGCAGCAAAUAUGUACAAUUCGUUCUAUCCAUCAACAUCCAACACCAAUGUCAAUAUGGAUCCAGUGAACUAUAUCAAUUGUCAAGAUAUGAAAAGAGAAAGACUGGAUCCGAAAGUUCGUGUUAAACUCGAAGAUAUGGAUUUAUGGUCACGAUUCUAUUCAUUAGGAAAUGAAAUGAUCAUUACAAAUAGAAAUGGUCGUCGUCUUUUCCCGAAUCUUCGCGUCACUAUCAGUGAACUCGAUCCAAAUACAAAGUAUAUGUUUCUAUUAGAUAUUGUUCCAAUGGAUGAUAAUCGAUAUAAAUAUCAUGAAUCAUCAUGGAAUAUAUCAGGCAAAGCCGAACCUCAUAUGUAUGGACGGUACUAUGUUCAUCCGGAUAGUCCACAAACAGGGGCACAAUGGAUGAAACAAUCAAUUCUUUUCAAUAAAGUCAAAAUUACUAAUAGUCCAAUGCAAAAUCCAAAUCAUAUUAUUUUGAAUUCAAUGCAUCGCUAUAUUCCGCGUUUACAUAUUGUUCAAGCCUCGGAUAGUUAUUCGAUGCGAACAGGCCCUUUGAGUACAUUUGUUUUUCAAGAAACGGUGUUCAUCGCUGUAACAGCAUAUCAAAAUGAUCAAAUUACAAAAUUGAAAAUUAAUAACAAUCCAUUUGCAAAAGGUUUUCGAGAGCCAACACAUGGAAAAAAGGUCAAUACAAAACCACUGAAACGUCUUCAAACAAAUCUUCCCUCGGAGAAAUCAUUGAAAUACGAUGAAAAUCUUCAUCGUCCGUACAAAAAUGAUUCUUCUCUACUAUCUGUCAAUUCGAGUUCACCACCAUUACAAUCAACAAUGCACGGUGCAAUAGCUGAUUCAACAACACCCACCUACCUCGACAAUAGUGUUGGUGAUCAUGAACAAGACAGUGAUAUGAACCCAAUGAAUUUUUCCUCAUCGUAUCAUCAACAUUUUCAAGCCAAUUCUUUCUACAGUAGUUAUGCCAGUGAUUCUUCAUCAAUGAUUUACAAUCCGGCGUAUACGUACAUGAACUCUGCAGCAAAUCCAAUUCCUUCAACCUCAACUCCAAUGCAUUUUAAUCCAUAUGGACGAUAUCCAUCGUCGGUUUAUCCAACAAAUAAUUACAAUCCUGCUUUCUUUUGA